UGGGCGGUUGGGAUUUAGCGAGGUCGCCGAGCUCCGCGUUUAACUCCAGCAGGUGAUUCAAUGGAAUAGAGAUUCAUUCGGGUUCCUGCUAACAUGGAUCAACGCUGGGUUCCUGCUCUACUGCUCGUUCUAAUUGUUCAUCAAGGUGUAUCCGGACCUUUGAUUGAACCACAGAAUGGCACGUUGACUAAGAAAAAGGGUGAUCGCAUUAGUCUUGGAUGUACAGACCUGCCUGGUGUCAGGUGGAUAACUCCAUCAAGUGCAAAAAAAGCCGUUAACCAAAGCCACGUCAAUAUCAAAUCAGCAGAGCCAAAGCACACGGGCCGAUACGUAUGCCAAAAUCUCAUUUCUUUUGAGAACAGUUCCCUUUACAUAUUUGUGGAAGACUCGAAGAAUUUGUUUGUAAAUCCAUCACUGCGACAGAUGUUCAUUGGUGGAACAGAAGGGGCUGAAGCUGUCAUUCCUUGCCGAGUUACAACCCCUAUGAUUAAAAACCUCAGACUGGAGAAAGUUAAAGGAACACCUAUGCCCAAAGACCUCUCCUAUACUGCUGACAUCUACACUGGCAUAAGCAUCACUAAUCUGAAGAGACAUUUUGAAGGGUAUUAUGUGUGCACUGCUGUACUAAAUGGAAUAGUGAAAAAAUCAGCAAGAUUUAAACUGCAGAUAAUACCAGUCCCCAAGAGAGCCCCAGAGAUCACUGUGAAGAUAAAUAAGGAGUUGCUGAAGGAAGGAGAGGAGUUUCAGAUGACAUGCACAAUAAAAAAUAUAAAUCAUGCAGUAACCGUGAAUUGGAUUCAUCCACAAAGUUCAGCAGCUAAAGUGACAACGUCAUCCAACAACUUUCCUAAUUACUAUCAAACUAUACGUACAUUGUGCAUUGAUUCAGUGACAGUCAAUGACACCGGAAGUUUUACAUGUUUCGCCAGAAAUGAUUUUGGGGUGUCAAAUGCUACAGUGUUUCUACAGGUUAUCGCUGAAGGAUAUAUAAAGUUGUUACCUCCAGAGAGCAGUGUGCUUCAUGUAAACAUUGGAGAAAACCUUGUGCUAAAUGUGGAGUUUGAUGCCUAUCCAGCUCCUGAUCAACAGUACUGGAUUCACAUGAAUGAGACAUUACUUAACACGUCGGACCAUUUUAUUAAAUCUGCAAAAGUGGGAAACAGAUACAUUAGUGAACUGCAUCUGGUUCGAGUAAAGGGAACAGAAGGUGGAAUUUAUACAUUUUUUGCUUCAAAUUCUGAUUCCAAUUCAUCAGUUUCAUUUGACGUGCACAUAAACAGCAGCCCAGAGAUAAUUACUAUUGAAGAACCCAAGCCAGGUCACGUUCGAUGUGUAGCAAUAGGAUUUCCAAAGCCAAAAAUAAAGUGGCUUAAUUGCCCUGGACCACAGAAACGGUGCUCAGACACACCCAUGGCAACAGCAGAAGAAUUACACUGGACAAACAGAAUAAUACGCCAGCCCCAUUUUGGAAGGAUUGAAGUAGAAAGCAUUCUUAAUACCAAGGAACUGAACAGCAACAUUACGGUGGAGUGCCUGUCAUCGAACAGUGUUGGCGAGAAUCAUGCAAUCUAUCAGAUGAAAGAAGGAAUACCAAAGACACAUCAUCUCUUUACUCCACUGUUGACCCUGUUCGCAGCAGCAGCAGGCUUACUCUGUGUUAUUUUAGUAAUUCUAUUUUACAAAUAUCAACAGAAACCCCGGUACCAAAUUCAGUGGAAGGUAGUUGAAGGAAUACACGGGAAUAAUUACACGUACAUUGACCCAACACAGUUGCCGUAUGAUGAUAAAUGGGAAUUCCCCAGGGAUAAGCUGCGAUUUGGCAAGACUCUUGGUGCUGGAGCCUUCGGAAAAGUUGUGGAGGCUUCAGUUUAUGGAUUGACUAAGGCUGACUCCAUUAUAACUGUGGCAGUAAAGAUGCUUAAGCCAAGUGCCCACUCUACAGAGAAGGAAGCUCUGAUGUCAGAGCUGAAAGUCUUGAGUCACCUUGGGCAGCACAUCAACAUUGUCAAUCUGCUGGGAGCAUGCACUAUAGGAGGUCCAGUUCUGGUAAUCACUGAAUAUUGCUGUUUUGGCGAUCUUUUGAACUUUCUGAGGAGGAAGCGAGAUUCAUUUAUUUGGCCAGAAAAUGGAGAACAGAAUCUGGAGAAGACACAAUAUAAGAAUAUUCCAAACCUGAGCAACGGUUCUGGAUCAUACAUGGAAAUGAAGCCAAGUAGUAUAUCAUCUCCACAAAAAAAUGUGGACAAAAGAAAACCCUUGAGGAAGGAAUCAUACAGUGAUAAGGAAAACAACAAUGAAGUCACUGAAGAGUAUAACUUGGCUCUGGAAAUUGAAGAUCUUCUCAUCUUUUCCUAUCAGGUUGCAAAGGGAAUGAACUUCCUUUCCUCUAAGAAUUGCAUUCACAGAGACUUGGCAGCAAGAAAUAUUCUUCUAACUAAUGGACAGAUUGCAAAAAUAUGCGAUUUUGGGCUGGCUAGAGAUAUCAGGAAUGAUUCCAAUUAUGUGGUGAAAGGCAAUGCUCGUCUUCCUGUGAAGUGGAUGGCUCCAGAGAGUAUUUUUGACUGUGUGUACACAUUUGAGAGUGACGUCUGGUCUUAUGGCAUUUUAUUGUGGGAAAUUUUCUCAUUAGGGAGCAGCCCUUAUCCUGGCAUUCCUGUGGACAACAAGUUCUAUAAAAUGAUCAAGGAAGGCUACAGGAUGCUGAGUCCUGAACUUGCAUCUACUGAAUUGUAUGAAGUCAUGAAAGCUUGCUGGGACUCUGAUGCUUUAAGAAGACCUACAUUUGCCCAAGUAGUGGGGAUGAUUGAAGAGCAGCUGUCAGACACCUCGAAACACAAGUAUUCCAACUUGGAGUCUAAUUUUACCUCCAGACUUAAAUUCUCCAGCCACUCCUCACGCCUUAAUUCAGCCGGCAGCAGUAAUGCUUCUGACCAACCGCUACUAAUGAAUGAUGAUGUGUUCUUUGAAGAUGAAAACAAACAGAUGCAAAAUUGAUCUCGAACAAAAUCCAAAAUACUUGCACCCUGCUGAAACUAAUAUACAGACAAAUGACUGAAUGUGUAUUUUAUUAACAUUUUUAUGUAUGUUGGUAUCAUGAAUUUCCUUGGAAAUUACUGUACUAUGGUUUUGUGUGGCUAAAUUACAUCCUCUGGGAUACCAUGUACCAGAGUGAUUGUCUAUUACUGUUAGAAGACUCUUUGAGGGCGUAUUCCAGAUAGGUAACGUAUCCUAAUUUUUUAGAAAACGCCCUUGGAAAUUUUGUUUUUGAACUACAUGCAAUUGUGUUUAUCAUUUAUUUUGUUGCAACGAAUAUUUGCAUCAAAGCAAGAUUCUAUUGAACUAGCCAAUUUACCCAGUGAAAAAUAAACAAGCAGAUUGAAUUUAUAGGAUGCGCUAAUCAACCAGCUAGCUCUUUAAGAUGUAUGGAUCAGUACCAGUGAUGGAAUGGAACCAAUUGCCUCUUCUAAUUGCCUAGCUUUUAUUUUCUACAUUAUGUGCAUUUUAUUUUUGUAUUCUAACAUGUUCUAUUGCUGAGUUGGUGCCAGAGCCAAUAAAUUCCUCAGUUCACUGCUGCACCUAACCGUGUGAGUGAAAAAAGAAUGUGCCAAAUUUCAGACGUGACUUUUGUCAAUGUCACAGACAAUGUUCAUUGGCAUUAUUAUUACAAGGACACAAUCAUAUGUAAAUAGAAUGCUCUGAGCCCAACAUUCUACUAGUGGAUUGAUAAAUGUUUAUGUAGUCCUAUUUUACUUGGGUGUUUGGCUACAGUGAGUGAUUCUAAUGCCUAAUUGGAAAUAUCACAUUAAUGCAGUAAUUUGGAGGAAUGGCAAACAAGCUUUUUUUAUUUGUUCACGGGAUGUGGGCGUCACUAGGCCAGCAUUUAUUGCCCUUCCCUAACUGCCUAAUAAAUGUGGAAUUCCCAUUCCAAAAAUCUAACCAAUUAUCAAUGUUGACAGCAACUGUCAUAAAUUAUCAAGCUCAACAAGGGAUUAGAGUGAAGGAUGGUGUAAAUCCUGUCCAGAGGACUUUUUUUAACAUAAACUUAAUCCCACACCAUUAAUAGAUGCAACUAUAUAACAUACAUGUUUGCUGAUAAUCACUGAGGGUAUUUUCAUGACAGCAGAAAUUAAACUUUUAAGCACUUUUUGUCAAUUUUUCUUUAGCUUUUAUGCCAAUACUGAUGGUUUUUGAUUAAGUUGUUAUUGUUUAAGGAAGUUAGCUGGAAUCCAGUCAGCCCAAUCUUUGUUUGAAAUCAGUUACAAAUACUCAAUUUACUUGAUUUUGUUUUACUAAACUUUCACUGUACAAAAUAUAUAACCAUAUUUCAAUUAAUUAAACUGGUAAGUUUAUAGGAACUUUAGAGAAAAGUAAUCACAAUACAUGCCUGCAGUGGAAAACUAUUGCUGAAUACAGUAAUGUCAUUGUACUGUUUGCAUUUGUUUUAAAGUGUUACUACGUCAGUAAACAGUGUAUUUUGUUUACCCAGUGACGUAGGUUGCCCCAUGGAAUUGUAGAGUAAUCACGUUACAGGCCACUGUACUGAUAUCUGGCAUAUGUGAGUGUCAUAUUUCUGAUUUGGGAAGCAAAUAACAAAUCAUCAAUAACCUUAAAAAAGAGAUAAAUUAUCUAAAAUAGUAGAAAAUAUUUAAUCAGUUUUGACUCUUGUUAUUAAAAUGAAUGAAUGGAAAAUUUUACAGGGUUCAUUCACCUUGAUGCCCAUAGUACCAAUAUGAGCAUCUAAAAGGCAAAACUCCAUACCUGGAACAUGAAUUCAUAAGCUAUACCCUUUUAUUCUUGAAUUCAAAUUUAAGGCUUAAUCUAAAUGUGAAUUGCUGCUUUAUAGGUGAGGUUGUAGAGCACGUGCAUGAAUAUGCAUGAUGUAUGUUUAUGUUUAUUGUUCAUUGGACUAGUCGAGUAAAAGUGAUUAAUGCUGGCUUUAAAGAUGCAAGUCUCAUUACAAAGAAGUUUAGAAAAACUUUGUUUUAAAUGUGGAUCAUUGUACCGUUUAUAAAUAUCUGUGUAACAAAGGCUGACCUAGCAAUUUUGAUGAAUGGUGAGGCCGAGUCAACCCCUUUAUUUAGCCUUUAUGGCAGCAAUUUCUAUGGAACCAAAAAAAAUUGCAAUUUAGAAGAAUGAGAUAACCUUAUUGAAACAUAUGAGGUCCUGAGGGGACUUGACAGAAU